UAUAAUCAGGUUUAUAUUUAAGUUUUUACUAAAUGUCAUUUCAGAGGUGUCCAGCAGUUACAUGCAGUCAUUAAAGAAAACAACAUCCCUAGAUAAUUUCUAGUCAUUGCAGUUAAUAGAAGCUGAGGAAGUGGGGUGCGUCCUUAACCUUCCAGUCAGAAACAAGAUACAAUCAAAUAUAAUUAAGCAACAGCAUACAUUUUUGGAUCAAAAGAAUGGACUAAGGAUCAAAAUGGAAUAUCGGUUUCCAUAACAACAAUUUCAUCAUCAAAAACUGCCAUAAUCUUUUGUGACAAUUAAAAGGAGAGACCAUUCUACAGUGAGGCUUGAGCAGAGAAGAUUUGUACCAAGAUAUUAAAUCGGCAGUAAACGUCAACCUAAAGGAAGCAUAAGAAACUGGAAAACAUAAAUGUGUUCAACUAAAGACCAGAUAAGAGGUUAAAAGCAAUGGUGGAGACAAUAGAUACGGUCAACAAUACAGGAGAAAACAUGGACAUCAUUCUUUUCCAAAACAUUACUUACUAUAUUGAAGGCAUUGUUGCCGUUGUUGUGAUCAUUCUAGGGUUGAUUGGGAAUUUUCUGACAGUCAUUGUGCUAACAAGGCCCACAAUGCAUUCCUCAACAAAUAUCUUCUUAACAGGUUUGGCUAUCUGGGAUAUGAUAGUACUAUGUGGAACGCUGGUUCUUAUUACACUACCCGAAUUGUCAAAAGCGUAUUUUUCUGAAGUAUUGCCAUAUAUAGUUGUCUAUAUAUAUCCAAUAGCUUUAAUUGCCCAGACUACCACUGUUUGGAUUACAGUGUCCUUUACAGUGGAGCGUUACAUAGCUGUGUGUCAUCCGUUACGUGCAACUUCAAUGUGUACAACAGCACGUGCUCGUGUAGUUAUAGCUAUCGUGUCAAUUUGUGCAGUCCUGUUUAAUUUAUGUCGCUGGUUUGAGUUUAAAAUAAUCGAAACUUCGGAAACAACCAGCCAAAAUACAACUAUACAUAAAACAAGUUUUUCAAAAACAGAUUUUGGUGAAAGUGAUAUCUUCAAGAAAAUAUACUACCUUUACUUUUAUCCAUUUGUAAUGUUAAUAGUGCCGUUAUCUCUACUAGCAAUUCUCAAUACUUUUCUUGUUCACGCGGUGAAACGUUCAAGAAAACAACAAAUAACUAUGAAUGUUCGACAAUCACGAGAAAAUAAUGUAACAUUAAUGCUAGUAAGUGUUGUAAUAGUUUUUAUGAUCUGUCAAGUCCCGGCUCUAGUUUAUAACAUCGCUUACUCAAUUAAUGAAACAAGUGUCGAAGCGUUCGGCUGGAAAGUUCUGUCUUCAAUAAGGAACUUUCUUGUAACUUUUAACAGUGCAAUCAACUUUCUUCUAUAUUGUGCCUUCGGACAAAAAUUCCGUGUAAUAUUUAUUCGGACAUUCUGCCGUAGACUAUUAAGAGAAAAUGACUUUAAUUCCUUUUCAUGUCCCGGUACUACUAGAAUAGUUACAAAACUUGACAAUAAGAAAUACAAAACCAUGCUUAUGAAACAAGGAAAUUGUUUAGAACUUUCAUCAACUCAUCAGACGCACGUGUCGCGAUAUUCUCCGUACAAUUCCCGCACUCCAUCGCCACAAACCGGUGCAAAUAGAAGAAUACGGAACGGGCUUGGAAACGAACUACAUCCAGAUAGUGACUAUUCUUGUAACACACGUCUUUUAGCAGGGCAAACAGGAAGUAGAACCCCUUCACCAACUUACAAUGACCAUACGCCUUCGUAAUAAUUAAAACCCUGUAUUUGAUGAAACUACAGAAAUUUCAUAAUUGAGUAAAUGUCAAACUUUGAGAAAUCUUAAGAAAAUGCUAAAUGACUUGAUUUAUAUCGGAAAAUACAAACAUUUAGCACUAAAGUGACAAUUACAAAAGACCUGUUUUAUCAAGGCAUAUAAAAAAGACCAUUGUCAUAAUUAUUGAUAGUCUCAGCCAUGAUAUAUAUGUAAACUGUACAUAAUACU